GCCGCGAGCACGCCUUGUGAUGCGCCCCGCGUUUUGACGCGACAUGGCCACUUCGACGACCGGCAACAUCGUAAUCGAGUGGUUGCGAUCGCUCCACCUGGGCCAAUACUCGGAGAGUUUUAUUGAUAACGGCUACGACGACCUAGAAAUAUGCAAACAGGUCGGCGAGCCCGAUCUGGACGCCAUCGGUGUCCUCAAUCCUGCACAUCGUCAGCGGUUGCUGCAUUCAGUAAGAAUUUUGAGAGAGGAAGGUGCAGCAGCCGUGUACUUUACUUUAGAGGAAGCAGCUGCCGCUAGAGACUCCUGUCGAUGUGAGGAGGAGCCACGUAAAGAGCAGGCUACAGUUUCUAUAGAACCAGCAAAGUACGCUGAUGAAUAUGAAGAAGGCAAAGCUGAGUUGGUGAAAAUACCGCGAAUACAGCUGAAACGUUUGCUACGCGAACGCCUCGCUCAGGACGGCAUCCGCUUGAGCUUGCAGCCAUAUUCAACUACGGAUGGUGACCGCGGUUAUCUAGAAGGCCUGGCAUCACGGUAUGCGGAUUUGUUUUCCACGCAUUACGGCGAUGUACUGGAUCACCUCGAGGAACUGAGGAGGCACGAAUGGGAAGAAAUGUCUCCAAGGAUGAGAGUACUGGGGGGAACUGGAACUCCUCCAUCAGCGAGUCCCGGCUCGCUGGCGUUAAACAAUUUGACGACGUCGCAUUCUCAACCCAUUUAUGUGCCUGGAAAGUAUUCGCCGUCCAGUUGUCUAACCGACAAGGAAGAAGACGAGAUUUACGGGUUCGGAUACGGUGUAUUCGGGAAGCAAAUGUUGCAGCGACAGCAGCAGCAAAAGCAGUUGCUGCUGGCCCAGCCCACGCAGCCGUUGAUUCACAACCAACAACACAAUUACCAGAGUUGCCUCAGUCCACGUUCAGCGUAUUUUUAUGAAUUUCCUCCUAGCGAUAAUUGUCUCGGUACUGCCAAGAAGAAGGUCACGACGUUUUCAAGACUGCUCCGUGGACUAAAGUCCCAUAGAAAAGAAAAACACGGCUCCUGUUCGCCGAAACACUCCCACAGCCCUCGGCAGGGGCUGCCUCCACAAAGGGUUGACACACCGGACAGCGUGCUGCAAAGUGGCCUAGGCCUCGGCCCUGGCCCUGAUACAGCUCUGAGGUCCAUGGUUGACCCCAGAGACUAUGAUCGCCUCCGCUUCUUUCAAAUGAGUGCCGCCCAACCAAACACCUUCGAAGAAACGAUACAUAGGUUAAAAGUUCAGGAAGCAAUGAAGAAGAAAGAUAAACUGGCGAGAGAGCAAGAAGAGAUAUUACGGGAUAUAAGACACGGUCUUAUGAAUAUGGGGCGCGAUGGAGUUCGCGGCCCUUUUGGAGACGACACGUAUAUGUAUGACGAUGAAGCGAGAGGUCUCUCCGGAAGAGGGCACUGGUACGAUGAGCCCCCGUACGAGAGCGAUCCUGAAGACUUUCUCAUGGGAAGCGGAGCACCCGCUGCUUCUUUUCAAAAUGGACGUGUUUGUUUCACACUUAAUCUCCGAAACGAGCCAAGAGGCGAAGGAGUUAUAUCUCUAAGAAGCGCCGGCGAUAUAAGCUUAGCGAGAGCCCCUCGGAGAGGAUUAAUAAUUCCGCAGAGCGGUCCCUACCCGACCACCGUGAUACCCUUGCGAACUGCGCGAGAUAGGGAAAGCGGGGAUUACGCCGCAUCCGAUAUCCAAUCUAUAGGCUCGAGGUUGUCGGGCAUAUCGCUGGAAUCGAGUCGAUCGGAACGGGAUUGUAGAAGAGGCUACAGGCAAAUGUCAGGUUAUCGGAUAGGCAUCGACCCCUUAUCUCCAGCGUCAUCGGAUUACGAAGAUCAAGAAAGCGAAACAGAUUCACAACAUAUAGCAACUGUACAUAAGUCAGCUGAAGAAUGUGACGGAGUUUCAAACUUAGCAGGCAAAGUGCGAGGCCUCAGACAAGACGUGCAAAGGAAAAUAUCAAGAUUAAGACAAGAAAGGGGGCCAGAUAUGCCUUCGGAUCUGCGAACAAGUGGCGAUCAAGCGUUUCCAUGUUCUAACAGUUCUUUUGAAAGUCUUCCCAGCGGCUCAGGCAGUAGCACCCAGGCAUUGGUUCGUGCCGGUAGUAAUCAUUCGUCUCUCUCGGCAGAAGAAAACAUAGAAUUAAGUCCAGCGGGGCGGAGUCUUCUGGUUCCGCAAAUGCUGUGCCGCGCCCGAGCUCUUGUCGAUUAUCUGCCGAAUAUCUACGAAAAAGAUGCCUUGAGAUACAAGAAAGGAGAUAUAAUAGAAGUCAUCAACAUGAAUGCUUCCGGGAUCUGGCGAGGUGUUCUUAACAACAAAGUUGGCAAUUUCAAGUUUGCUAAUGUUGAAGUACUAUCUGAGAGAGAUACAAUGAGAUCAAGGUCCUCAAAAUGGUGUAAAAGCCGUGAAAGACUUUGGGAAACGAGACCAAGAACUGUUGAAGAGUUAUUGAGAAGAAUAGACUUACCGGAGUAUAUGGUUGCUUUUUCGAGAAACGGAUAUGAGGACAUUGAAUUGUUUAAAGAGAUUGAGCCAUCGGACCUAGACUAUUUGGGUAUUAUGACCCCUGAUCAUCGUACACGGAUCCUUGCCGCUGUACAACUGCUGCACCAGCUUGAAUGUGGCGAAGUCGAAGCUGAAGGUGAAGGAGGUGGUUCCAGCUCAGAAGGUGGCGACUCACCUUUCGGUCGUCGUCAAUUUCCGCGGGACUCCGGCUGUUACGAAGCCGGAGUCGGGGCUGGCGGUGUCCGCGUACGAACAUCACCACUCGUCCAUAGAACUGAGGAACCGUUACACAGGCCGCCAGAGCCAGCGCCCCAAGCCAAGCGUUCGAUACGUCGACGACAACCCGAUGAUGCCGAAUGCGAUAGAAUCGAACGGUACCCUGGGACGGUGGGGGAAAAGAGCAACGUACGCAGCGGUGGCUUGCCCGGAGGUGCGCGCGAUGACACCUGUGAGUCUGAUCAUAAGCUGAAUGUUGUGAAAUUCGUAGCAGGAGGAGAACCUUGCGCUUCAGAGAAAAGUAGCGAUUCGGGUGUGAGCAGUUCUUCUUUAAGUUCCGGACAUCCGCAUCGUCCCUGAGCGAGGGCCGCCGCGCCCGCGCUGGCGUAGACGCUGGCGCGGGCGCGGGCAUCCAAUGCACCGUCGCCCGCAUCCACGGAUUCGGAACCUCCCGUUCAACCUGAAGACUAAAAAAAACCAUAUGAGACAUUACAGAGCGUAACCAGAACGCUUGCUAAAUCCUUGCGUUAUUAUUAUGGUACCUUGACACAAUCCAAUACCAAUAACCAUUUGCCUUAUCUUGUAGUUUUAGUGAUUUAGUAUUUUUCAAACCCGCAUUGUAGAGGGUAAUGUCCAACCUACGACGUGGCAUUCUUCGAGUGGCAUAUUUACGGAACGUCCGUUGACCUCUAGCGUCAGUCAGAUGUUUUAUUUGCAAUGUAUUGUGAACUUUUAAAAAUACAGGAUUUCUUAAAUUUUUUUUCGUAGUUUUUUUAAUGGUAUCUUAU